AUGACCCCCCCGCCGAGCGAAAAGGCCACCGCUGGCGAGAGGGAAUACCUCAACUCCCCCGAGGAGAUCCUCUACAUGCAAGUCUUCCACUUCUCCCGCCUGAUCCCCUACCACGCCCUCAAAUCCCCCAUGCUCCUCAACGCCUUCCUCGCCUGCGGCGUAAAGCACCUCACGCUCGUCAACCCGGCCUACGAGGACGACAAGGCCCUCUUCUACUACGACACCGCCACCACGCAGCUCCUCCGCAGCCUGCAGAACCCGGAUCGCAACACGGGCGAGUGCGCCACCACGGCCGUCAAGCCCGCCCAGCGCAUGAACCACAUCGCCGGCGCCCGCGCCCUCGUCCGCGAGUGUAAGUGGGACGCCCGGUCCUCCGGCAUCGGCGCCGCGUGCUUCUGGCUCAACAUCGGCAUGGAGGUGCUCUCGUGCCUCGCCUUCAACUGGCAGACGUCGUGGGAUCCCGAUCAGUGGGGUCUGGAUAUGAACUUCACCAACGAGGGCUGCGGUCCGGCUGGAUCGGCGGCGGCGGCUGCAAGAUCCGGUGACGGCUUCGGACAGGAGGAGGUCUGGGUCCAUCGGAUUCUGUACAUCGUGGCCAAGAUUGCAAACUUCCGCGCCACGAUCCCGCGGUUCCAGGAGCCGAGCCCGCACGACGAGCAGAUCCGCCUGGAAGCUCUGCGACAAGUGGAACAACGCCUGCCCGAGGACGAUGCACCCGUUCGGAUACCUCUACCCAUCGCAAACAAACUCCAAAUCCGCCUUCCCCAACGUCUGCGCGCCGCCAUCAUCGGCCGCCUCUUCUACCACACAGCCCAAUGCCUCCUCGCCCAGACAAACCCAAUGGAACCAGGCCGCGCCUCGGAAGAAAUGCGCGCCCUCCAGCUCCACCACGCCCACCAAGUCUGCGGCAUCGUAGCCCACACAAAAGACCGCGGCGUCGCCUCCGUCGCGAUCCGCUCCCUCGCCAUCGCCUCCGCCGUCCUCACCGACCCGCGCGAGCAGGAGGAGGUCCUCGAGAUCCUCGACAAGAUCCACGCCGAGAGCGGGUGGCGCCUCGGCAGCAUCCACGGCGAGCUCAAGAAGGCGUGGGGCUGGCCUUCGCCCGCGCCGUCGCACGCUUCGCUUAGCGGUCCGUCGGGUGGUGCUGCUGGGGACCAUCGAGGUUCCGCUCUCGUGAACCCGCUUUCGUAUGCCGACUUUAGUUUGCCGAAUGCCCCCUACAAAGACUGGUGGAAGCCGCCGAAUCGCCAUGAUUCGUAUAGCUACCAGGGUUUCCCAUGA